CCGAGUUCCAGGGAGGCAGAGGCCCUCUAAACUGCCAUGGAGAAGCACAGCAGCAGCAGGCCCCGGUUGGGUCCCCCACUGCCACCCCCCAGAUGUGUAGAUGCCCCAGCUUGGAGAGAAGAUGCCCUAGGUCCCUCUCCUCUGCCUGCCCCAGAGACCUGGAGACCCCGCCAUCGCUUCCUCAAGGCCCAGGAGGAGGAGGAGGACGAGGAGGAGGAUAAAUACGAGCUGCCCCCCUGUGAGGCUCUGCCCCUCAGUCUGGCCCCUGUGCCGCGUCCAGGCACUGAGGAGGACUCGUUGUACCUGGAUCGCCCGGGCCCGGGGCGCCCACCCCGGCCGCUGCCGCCCCGACUCCCGCCCGCCGCGGCCGCAGGCCCGCCCGCACGCCCCGCCCCGGGCCGGCGUUGCCCGCCGCAGAGAAGUGUGGUCCCUUGGUACAUUUCUUCGUGUGUCCGGUGGCGGUUUUUAAAGCUGCCUGGACGUUAUGUUGGCCUCGGCGGCCUCCUCCCUCCUCGCUCACGAGCCCCACUGUGUCCACAGCUAAAGGCAGCAGUCGACCUGCAGGUGGCCAGGAAGCAGGCACCUGUCUUUGGGAGGCGAGAGUGGGGUGCACCGUCCAGAGUGCUUCCAGAUCCUGCAAAGAAGGAGGACGAGGAUAUCUACCUGGAGUGUGAGCCCGAUCCAGUUCCGGCCUUGACUCGGACUCCAAGCUCUCAAGUCCUGCUGCCCUCAGUCCCUCUGCCAGUGACACCUGUGGUGUCCAGAUUCACCACAGCCCCCCGGGAAGCUCGGAAUGGAGCAGCAGAGGCCGCCUCUAAAGCAGGAAGGAGACUGUCUCUUCCAGCCAUGGCGCCCCCCAGGAGUACUUCAGCUGCCCAGGAUGGCAGCCUGCUGGGCCAGCCUUGGUAUGCAGGGAACUGCGACCGGCAUGCUGUGGAGAGGGCCCUGCUCCACUUCCAAAAGGACGGGGCCUACACCGUGCGCCCCAGCUCAGGGCCUCUCAGCUCCCAGCCCCUCACACUGGCAGUGCUGCUCCGAGGCCGGGUGUUCAACAUUCCCAUCCGGCAGCUGGAGGGCGGGUGCCACUAUGCCCUGGGCCGGGAGGGCAAGAACCGCGAGGAGCUCUUCCCCUCUGUGGCCGCCAUGGUCCAGCACUAUGCGAAGCACCCCCUACCCCUCGUGGACAGACACAGCGGUGGCCGGGAGCUCACCUGCCUGCUGUUCCCCACCAAGCCCUAAGUCGACACUGACACAUACCCCGACCCCUGGCCCCACUGUGUGCUCCUAGACCUUCCACGCCCCAGUGAUGCUUUAGCUCUGCCCCAUCUCCAGCCCACUGAUCCCUGCAGGACCCAGAUAAGAGGCACUGGCAAGGGGUGGCCAGUGGGAGGGAGGAUGCAGGGAGCCUGCCACCACCCCUCCCAGCAGCACCUCCAGGUGGGGACCCACUGCCAGCCUGCAAGAGUGGCGGUGUCUGCCUUGUACACCAGGGCCACUCCAGGUGCCCUGGGUGGAAAUGGUGGUGGCCCCAAGAAGGUGACCUCCUCAGGGAAGCUGAGCCACAGGGACCUCACAGCACUGCUGGAACAGCAAAAGGAAUCCCCUCAAAUUCUCUUGGGGACAUAGCACCUUUGUGAAGAGCCCAGGUUGCCCUAUGCAUGGUACCCUGUCAAUAAACAUUU